AUGUAUUUGAUCGUGUUGAAGAGGUUGUUCUUCUGCCUCGCCCUGCACGCGUUCGGUCGACUUGUGGCUGUGCGAUCCAGUCCGAGUGAAAGAUGGGUAGGGAGGUCUAUGGAAACCUUCCGGGGUAUCAGAUCCCCUCAAGACAAUCAAGUUAUCCGAAUCAGCUUGGAGGAACUUAGAGUAGAAAGGCCAGCCACGACCGGGGGCCAAGUCGAAGGCUUCGAUGCCAAAUCAAUCUCAGAAUUUGUGACUAUCAAGCAAAAAUUGGUGCUGCUUCGUCAUUACUUAAAACUUCUUCCGGCAGUUCAGUCAAGGCCGGCUUGGCAACAGCUUCGUUCGCGCGGUGGGGUUUCCCCUGAACUUCCCGAGGAGGACAUGCUGCAAGAAGUGAUGGACAUCUGGAAGUUUCUAGAGCAUGAGCUGAUUAGAUUGCAAGCUGAGAAAGACGAUCAGCUCAGGAAGACUGAACCGGCUUUCAAACUGAAGUUUUUGCAAUACAUGUAUCUUCUCGGGGACUUGAUUCACCAACGUCAGCAGGUGCCAUCCAACUUCAUCCAAGCCAUCGAAAUCUUCAAGCCAGACACCCUCUUCCAAAUGGUGGAGUACCAAAUCGAUCUGCAGUUCAGCAAGUGGGGGAUAAGUUUCUUCGAACACAGCGGUUCGACACUAUUACCUCACCUAGAUUCCAUACAAGGAAACCCAACUAUGAAACACUUCCAAAGAUCCAUAAAAGCUCUUGAUGCUGAAGUCGAUCGCCAGCAUCUUGUCUACCUCGUCCUCAGCACAUUCAUACGAAAUGCGCCAUGGGGUCUGACGAAAUAUUCAAGUGGAGAAUUCGCCGAGAUCAGCAAAGGAUUCACCCAGAGUGAUUUCCUUGCUCAGGCUGGAAUGUACUCAGGAAUCGCCAAGACGCGUGGGAUCGAAGAGCGCUACAAUCUGUUCGCAGGUCAAAACAUCCCAGUUGUCGAUCUGGUCAAAUCGGCUGUCGAGCUUUUCCAAAACACUAGGAGCAAGCCAGCUGAGAAACAUGAGAAACUCCAACUGCAAAUGGCCUAUUACAUCAUCAAAUUCCUUCAAAGCUACCAUCAACCAUUGCUCGACACCGUUAUCACUGGCAAGGAGCAGGGAUUUGAGGGCCACUUCCACACAAUUUUCAAACAGCUGGGUGGGCACCGAUGGGUUUUGUACUGAAUGAAUUAUGUUAUCUGCAACCUACAAUACAUAAAUAGUUGUUUAAUUGGAUCAUGAGCCCUUUCU